AUGGCUCCCAGCGCUCAAGAAAUUAGAAACCUCCUCGAGGCUCACAUCGCGCAAGACCUUGCUGAGAAAGCAGGCAACUCAGGAAAGCUUCAGCAGCCUGGACACAUAACUAACCACUUCCACGACAACGUUGAAUUCCACAUCAACGGCCAUGAGUUCCAGCACGCAACUCAGUUGAAAGGUGCUGAAACAAUCAAGACAGAGAUUGUUGAUGGAGGCCUUUCUGAUAUCCCCAACGUUAUUGAUUACUCUAAGCCUCACAAUUGCCAAAUCCUACAAGUGAUCGGGGGUGGCCCGGAUAGUGACUGGGCUGCUGCUGUGGUAAAGGCUACUGCGACGACUAUCACAGGCAAGCCGUUCAACCACGAAUCUGUGAUGACUUUCCAGUUCGACAACAACGGCAAGAUCAUCCACCUGAAGAAUUAUGCCGACACCCUUCACGUUCACAAUAUCCUUCAAGACAUCUGA